AUGGCACAAUUUGUUGGUUCAGAAGAAAUAGAGUCACUGAGAUUCGAGCUCUCGGAGAUAGGAAGAAGUUUAAGAUCAUCUUUUCGUCGUCAUACAUCUAGUUUGGGUGCUAAUUCAGUGAUAAGUUAUGUAAACGAUAAUGAUGAUAUAGACGCGGACCCUUUAGAGUGGGAAGCAAUAGAUAGAUUGCCAACGUUUGAACGAUUGAGAUCGUCUUUGUUUGAUGAUGAUAAAAAUGUAGAUGGCCAUGUAAAGAAGGUGGUUGAUGUUACUAAGCUUCUUGGUCCUGAAAGGCACAUGUUUAUUGAGAAGCUUAUUAAACAUAUUGAGAAUGAUAAUCUUCGGUUGUUGCAGAAACUUAGAAAACGGACAGACAAAGUUGGUGUGCAAUUGCCUUCGGUGGAGGUAAGAUAUAAGAGUGUUCGUGUAGAAGCUGAAUGUGAAGUAGUUCGCGGGAAGCCUCUUCCAACUCUAUGGAAUUCUUUGCAAAGUUUGCUUUCUAACGUUGUCAUGAUACCUGGUUUAAAGCAUAAACGGGCAAAGAUAACCAUCAUAAAUGAUAUUAGCGGUGUCAUUAAGCCAGGAAGGAUAACUCUGCUUCUUGGUCCUCCAGGAUCUGGGAAAACCACAAUGUUGAAAGCACUUUCAGGGAACUUAAACAAAUCGCUCAAGGUAAGCGGUGAAGUCUCCUACAACGGAUACAAACUAGAAGAAUUUAUUCCUCAGAAAACUUCUGCGUAUAUAAGCCAAGAGGAUUUACAUAUCCCUGAGAUGACUGUGAGGGAAACACUAGAUUUUUCUUCCCGUUUACAGGGUACUGGAAGUCGUGCAGAUAUUAUGAUGGAGGUUAAUAGGAAGGAGAAACAAGCAGGGAUUAUUCCGGAUCCAGAUAUAGACACUUUUAUGAAGGCAACAUCUAUUGAAGGACAAAAGACAACUCUGCAGACAAACUACAUCCUGAAGAUUCUUGGUCUUGAUAUAUGCGCUGAUACGAUGUUUGGGGAUGCCAUGAGGAGAGGAAUCUCUGGUGGCCAGAAGAAAAGAUUGACGACAGGAGAAAUGAUUGUUGGCCCGACAAAAGCUUUAUUUAUGGAUGAGAUAUCAAAUGGUCUAGACAGCUCUACUACUUAUCAGAUAAUUGCUUGUCUCCAGCAGUUGGCCCACGUAACAGAUGCUUCGAUAGUCAUUUCACUUCUUCAGCCAUCACCAGAAGCAUAUAAUCUGUUUGACGACAUUAUGUUAAUGGCAGAAGGGAUGAUCGUGUAUCAUGGGCCCUGCAGUAAUGCUUUAGAGUAUUUUGAAGGUUUUGGUUUUAGGUGUCCUGAAAGGAAAGGCAUAGCUGACUUCCUCCAAGAGGUUGUUUCAAAAAAGGAUCAAGAAACCUACUGGUGCCGUAAUGAACCAUAUAAUUAUGUCUCAGUACAAACCUUUUCCACAAGAUUUAAGGAAUCUCAUUUGGGGAAAGCAAUAAAUGAGGAUAUAUCUAAACCUUUCACCAGAUUGCAGAGUCAUGAGAAUGCCAUUUCCUUCCAUAAGUAUUCUCUUUCUAAAUGGUCUCUGUUUAGAGCAUGCACUUCGCGUGAGAUUCUUCUCAUGAAGCGGAAUUCUUUUGUCUAUAUCUUUAAAUCAGUUCAGCUUGUCAUAAUCGCAGUUAUCACAAUGACUGUAUUCUUGCGAACUAGAUUGAAGAUUGAUAUAGUUGAUGCAAAUUACUAUCUUGGUUCACUCUUUUAUGCACUCGUGAUCCUUCUAGUCGAUGGAUUCCCAGAAUCAUCUAUGACCGUUGCAAGACUUCCUGUUUUCUAUAAACAAAGGGAUUUGUACUUUUACCCUGCUUGGGCAUAUGCGAUUCCUGCAUCUGUUCUUAAACUUCCUUUAUCAUUUAUGGAAGCCACAAUCUGGACAUGCCUCACUUAUUAUGUUAUUGGAUACAGCCCUGAACCAGGAAGGUUCUUCCGCCAGCUACUGUUACUUUUUGCCACACAUUUCACGUCUGUGUCCAUGUUCCGAUUCUUUGCAUCAGUUUUUCAAACCAUGGUUGCAGCUACAACGGCGGGCAGUAUAUCAAUACUGUUUCUGUUAUCAUUUGGUGGCUUUAUUAUACCACACACUUCUAUGCCAGCUUGGUUGAAGUGGGGAUUCUGGGUAUGUCCCCUGUCAUAUGGCGAAAUAGGCCUUGCAGUAAAUGAAUUUCAUUCUCCUAGAUGGAACAAGAUGACGUCUGCAAACACAACAAUAGGGCUACAAACACUUAAAAGCCGUGGGUUGGACUUUGAUGGAUACUAUUACUGGAUAGCACUUGGUGCCAUGUGCGGUUUCGCAAUGCUAUUCAACAUAGGCUUCAUCUUGUCUUUAACCUACUUUAAGGCUCCUGCUACUCGUGCCAUUAUAUCAAAGGAAAAGCUAUCUCAAAUACAUGGAAAUGAUGGGUCCAGACACAACUCUCGCAAAGAUAAAAUACCAAAAACUUUUGAUGCUACUCCUCUAGAGCCUAAAGAAGGAAAAAUGGUGUUACCUUUUGAACCACUAACGAUAACCUUUCAAGAUCUACAGUACCAUGUUGAACCCCCACCGGAAAUGAGAGGUCAUGGCUUCAACGGAAAAAGGCUUAAGUUACUACAUGAUAUCACAGGGACAUUUAGACCUGGGGUUCUUACAGCAUUGAUGGGGGUAAGUGGUGCUGGAAAAACGACACUCCUUGAUGUUCUCGCUGGAAGGAAAAGUAGUGGCAUUGUUGAAGGUGAGAUCAAGAUUGCGGGGUAUCCAAAAGUUCAAGACACAUUUGCUAGGAUUUCAGGUUACUGUGAGCAAACAGAUGUACACUCUCCCCAGAUUACAGUUAAAGAAUCAGUGACAUUUUCUGCGUGGCUCCGUCUUCAUCCUGACAUUGAUUCAAAAACUAAAUACAAAUUUAUAAAAGAAAUCCUGGAAACAGUUGAGCUUUAUUCAAUAAAAGAUGCAUUGGUUGGCAUUCCUGGGGUUAGUGGCUUAUCAUCAGAGCAGCGUAAGAGGCUCACAAUUGCUGUGGAAGUUGUCGCUAAUCCAUCCAUCAUUUUUAUGGAUGAACCUACGACGGGACUGGAUGCUAGAUCAGCUGCCAUUGUCAUGCGGGCUGUGAAGAAUAUUGUUGACACAGGAAGAACGAUUGUUUGCACCAUUCACCAACCAAGCAUUGACAUAUUUGAAGCCUUUGAUGAGUUAAUUCUACUGAAAAAUGGUGGCCGUAUGAUCUACUGUGGACCCCUCGGUCACAAUUCAUGUAGAGUCAUUGAGUACUUUGAGAGCAUUCCUGGGGUGCAAAAGAUUAGAGACAACUAUAAUCCAGCCACAUGGAUGCUAGAGGUUUCUUCGGCGUCAGCUGAAGCUCAACUUGGAGUAGAUUUUGCACAAAUCUAUUCUACUUCAACUUUGCAUCAGACCAAUAAAGACCUUGUAAACAUAUUCAGUAAACCAGCUCCUGGCUCAAAAGAGUUAUAUUUUCCAACACGUUUCCCACAAAAUGGUGUCGGCCAGUUCAAGGCUUGCCUGUGGAAACAGCACUUAUCGUAUUGGAGAAGUCCUUCAUACAACUUGAUGCGUUGCCUAUAUAUGCUCUUUGCGUCAUUUUUGUUCGGGUUACUCUUCUGGAACCAAGGGCGGAACAUUCAUAACCAACAGAGUUUAUUCAACAUUUUUGGUUCGAUGUUCACGGCUGUACUUUUUAGUGGAAUAAAUAAUGCCUCUUCAGUUAUACCAUAUGUUUCCAUGGAAAGAACUGUUUUGUAUCGAGAAAGGUUUUCUGGGAUGUAUGCAGCAUGGGCUUAUGGUCUUGCACAGGUGACGAUUGAGCUCCCUUAUAUCUUUGCCCAGUCACUUGCAUUUGUGUGCAUAACAUAUCCUAUGAUUGGUUAUUAUUGGUCGGCCUACAAGGUUUUUUGGUACUUCUAUACAAUCUUAUGCUCAUUGAUGUACUUCACCUACAUGGGAAUGUUACUUGUUUCAAUAACGCCGAGCUUUCCUGUUGCUGCCAUUCUACAAUCUGCAUUUUACACGAUGCUUAACUUGUUUGGUGGAUUUUUAAUUCCUAAACCAAAAAUUCCAAAUUGGUGGAUAUGGAUGUACUAUCUAACUCCGACUUCUUGGUCACUUAACGCUUUACUCACUUCUCAGUUUGGUGAUGUGAAGACGGAAAUCUUAGUUUUUGGGGAAACUAAACCUGUUGAAACCUUCAUAAGGGAUUACUUUGGGUAUCGUCAUGAGCAGUUACCUCUCGUAUUUGUUCUACUUGCAGUAUAUCCUGUUGUUCUUGCUUUCCUAUUUGCAUAUUGCAUAUCAAAACUGAACUUUCAGAGAAGGUAA